AUGCAUGCUACCGAUGCUGAUCGACCCGUUCUAAUCUUGAAUAAAACAUUUAUCUUCGUCUUAAUCGACUGUAGUCUUGCAGUGCGAGCAUUUCUAGUUGCUCAUGCGCACCAAAACGUGAUUGGUCAAUUUCUUCUCGUUUAUGAAGCAAUUCCUAUUGCUGGUCACCUCGGACAACGAGAGCCGCACACCGCCAUGAAUCGUUUGGCUACUCUAGCGCAGCGCGCGGUGGCGAGGCGCUCGUUCUCUACAGCGCCAAUCUUUAACCGGGGAGUCAAGAGACAGCAGCGCAACAACAUUGCGCUCUUGGAGAACAGCGACGAGUACGAAUACCUCAAAGACGAGGUCGCCCGUCGCCUUAUCGACCGGCUGGAGGAUAUCGAGCGCGAGUUCACGUUGGCGCUGGAUCUGGGAUGUGGCAGUGGGCAUCUGUACAAGAACUUGAGCGUCGAUGACGGUCUGGGCGGCGUCAAAAAGCUCAUCCAAUGCGACUCUGCUGAAAAACUGCUUCUUCGUGACGACCUGGAGACGAAAACUACCUUGGAGACGUUACGCUUGGCGGUGGACGAGGAGUUCCUGCCGUUCCCGAAGCAGCACUUCGACUUGGUAAUGAGCUCUCUGUCCUUGCAUUGGGUCAACGACCUCGAGAGCACAUUUCGACAGGUGCUGGAUACGCUAAAGCCUGACGGCGCGUUCAUCGGCGCUGUUCUGGGAGGAGACUCGCUUCAGGAGCUACGGAGCGCCUUUAUACUCGGCGACCAAGAGCGUCAGGGCGGCAUCUCGCCGCAUAUUUCUCCAUUCAUGAACGUCGCGGACGCCGGCAACCUCCUGUCCGCCACCGGAUUCAACUUGUGCACAGUCGACACGGACUACAUCCAGGUCGACUACCCAAACGCCUUCGUGCUCAUGGAACAUUUGCGUGGCAUGGGUGAAAACCACGCCGUGAACUCGCGAGGAGCGCCGGCUACGCGCGACUCUUUACUGGCCGCUGCCUCCAUUUACCAGUCCAUGUUCGGCCAGCCGGACGGCACGGUGCCCGCCACAUUCCAGGUCAUCUACCUUAUUGGCUGGUCGCCGCACGAGUCGCAACAGAAGCCUCUGCGUCGCGGCUCAGCUCAGCACUCACUCAAGGAACUCGGCCAUGAUUAA